GUAACAAAUAGUGCACUUAUUAUAAAAUUGGUUCCGAACAAUGUAAUUAGAAAAUUAUGGAUUCUGCCAACUGUGGAAGCAAAUGCAUAUCAAGCGCGUCUUCCGCCACAGUACAAUUAGUCUUCUUCUUCCUGCCCAUUUCGGACAUCCUCUUGAAAUGCCGAGCCCUCCAUACCCAUGUGCAGUGCAAGGAACGUGCAUGUCAAAUUUGCGAAACUGCUUUAUAUGUUUGUGAUUCACUCCACCGCUGCUUUAAAUUUCUCAUUAAGAUGUACGAAUAUGGCUACGGAAGGAUAGUAYAGUCCCCACGUUCUUGUUAGUCAUGUAUGCGAACCGCAUAGCGAAGGAAUUGCGCCACUGCGCGCAAGUUAAAGCUUUCAAACAAGGCAAUGCCAUUCAUGCUUAUUUGAGGAAACUUGGGUGUCUGAACGACGUGUUUCUUGCGAACAAUUUGGUUUCCAUGUAUGCGGAGUUUUUGAAUUUACGAGACGCAGAGAAGGUGUUUGAUGAAAUGCCUGACAGGAAUAUUGUUACUUGGACUACCAUGGUUUCUGCAUUUACUGAUAGUGGAAGACCCUAUGAAGCUCUCCGAGUAUAUAAUGAUAUGCCAAAAUCAGAGCCGSCAAAUGGGUACAUGUACUCCGCGGUUCUGAAGGCAUGUGGGCUUGUGGGUGAUCUGGAUUUGGGUAAAUUGAUUCAAGAAAGAAUAUAUGGAGCUAAAUUGCAGGCUGAUGCUAUUUUGAUGAAUUCUCUCAUGGAUAUGYAUGUGAAAUGUGGAAGUUUGAAUGAUGCUGUGAAAGUCUUUCACAAUAUUUCGUGUGCGACCACAACUUCUUGGAACAUUAUCAUUUCUGGCUAUAGUAAGGCUGGUUUGAUGUUGGAGGCCGAAAAACUUUUUCAUUGUAUGCCACAGCCAAAUGUUGUAUCUUGGAACAGCAUGAUUGCUGGUUUUGCAGACAAUGGGAGUCAGCGCGCAUUGGAGUUUGUGUCCAUGAUGAAUACAGAGGGCGUUAAGCUUGAUGGUUUUACGUUUCCAUGUGCUCUUAAGAUCAGUGCGCUUCAUGGGUUAUUACUCAUGGGGAAACAAAUUCAUACCUAUGUCACCAAGUUGGGUUAUGAAUCUAGCUGUUUUACUCUGUCUGCCCUGAUUGAUAUGUAUUCGAAUUGCAAUGGCCUGAUCGAAGCAGUCAAAUUAUUUGACCAACACUCUACUUUCAACUCUUCCAUUUCUGAUAACCUGGCAUUGUGGAAUUCGAUGCUCUCAGGAUAUGUUAUUAACAAUUGUGACAAAGCAGCUUUGAAUCUGAUUUCAGAAAUCCAUUGCUCGGGUGCAUUAUUGGACUCUUACACCUUUGGUGGUGCUUUAAAGGUUUGUAUCAACGUAUUAAGUCGGAGGGUUGCUCUUCAAGUACAUGGUUUGAUCGUCACCUGUGGUUAUGAGUUGGAUUAUGUUAUUGGAAGCAUUCUUGUGGAUCUUUAUGCAAAACUGGGGAGCAUUGAUGACGCAUUGGAACUGUUCCAGAGGCUUCCGAGGAAAGACAUCAUAGCUUGGUCCGGUUUGAUCAUGGGAUGUGCUCAAAUGGGAUUAAACUGGCUAGCUUUCUCAAUGUUCAGAGAUAUGGUUUCGUCGGCUCAUGAAAUAGAUGAUUUUGUCAUUUCCACUACUCUGAAAGUCUGCUCUAAUUUAGCAUCUCUUAGAAGUGGAAAGCAGGUUCAUGCAUUCUGUGUCAAGGGUGGGUAUGAAAUGGAGGGGUUCACAAUCACAUCCCUUCUUGAUAUGUAUUCAAAAUGCGGUGAAAUUGAGGAUGCGUUAACGUUGUUUAGCUGUAUACAAGAAAAAGACAUAGUAAGUUGGACUGGGAUCAUUGUAGGAUGUGGACAAAAUGGAAGGGCAGCUGAGGCAGUCAGGUUUUUUCACGAGAUGAUUCAAGUUGGGCUAAAUCCAAAUGAGAUCACCUUUCUAGGGGUUCUUUCUGCAUGUAGAUAUGCUGGUUUGGUUGAAGAGGCACGAAGUAUAUUUAAUUCCAUGAAAUCUGUAUAUGGAUUAGAACCUCAUUUAGAGCAUUAUUGCUGCAUGGUCGAUCUUCUUGCUCUAGCGGGACUUCCUGAAGAAGCUGAGAAAAUGGUUGCAAAUAUGCCGUUUAAGCCAGAUCAGACCACAUGGCGCACUUUGCUAGGGGCAAUUGGAACUCGCAAUGAUCCGAAGCUUAUUAACAGUGUUGCUGAUGGCCUUCUUGAAGCCACACCAAAUGACCCUUCUACGUACGUGACGCUUUCAAAUGCUUAUGCAUCACUGGGAAUGUGGCAAACCCUGAGCAAAGCGAGAGAGGCUGCCAAAACAGUGGGAGCAAAAAGAGCUGGGUUGAGCUGGAUUGAGGUUUCGAGUUAAAAACACCCUGCUUCACCUAAUCCAUAGCAGAAGUAUGUUCUGUAUAUCUGGAAUAGAAUUCUUUGAAUUGUUAGGCUUAACCUCUCUUGGAAAGACGAUCAUCUCAUGCAAUUGGUAAUCGAACAAGUCUACACAAGAAAAGGAGUGGUGGAUAUUGAGGCCAAAGUUCAUAGGGAUCCCACCUUUAUGUCCAUGGACUUGUCCUGCCUUGGCGGGAAGAGAACUGGUGACGUAACAUAGAGGAUCACUCCACUGGUAACUCAAGAAACUGGAAGAGUGGGGGAAUGCUCAACUGACAAAAAGUAGUGAUGGCUAAAGGACCGAUCGUGACAUUGGUCCCUGGGUGGAGAGAUGGGGCACGGCCUCUCGUGUAAGCCUAAUUAGCAUAAGCUCAUGUUGCCCAAUCAUCAACACGUUGUUAAGCUCUGAUUUCUUUGCAUCUCUGCCGUGGUUUGGAGAUUAAUCGGUAAAUGCCAGUAUUUCCUCGCGUUUAAAGCCCAGAAGCAAAAGGUAAUACAAGCUUCAGAAAUUAGACCAAGUCAAUUCAAGCCAUUCAAUUGGGCAGAACAAAAUGGGUUUUUCCAAAAACGAAGAACAUGAUUCCUGGGCCCCGCCAAGAUCAGAAAGGGUUAACUGUACCCUCAGUACUUCAACUGUUGGUGGCAGAUUGUCGUCUGAAAAGAAAGCAUUCCUACGUUCUGUUGCUUUCUUCUUGCAAUCAUAUAACGCACUACCUAGCUUACUUGUCAGUCACUAGUCCAUUUUUCGCUGGGCUCAGCUCCCCCUUUUUCAGGCCCGGCGUGAGGUACUGUUACCCUUUAUUUUUUACUGUUACCAAUGAAUAGAAAUAAAUUAUAACGACAGCAGAAAAAGAGAGAGAUUUGGCGCCAAACUCUCAACUACCUGCCCGCUUCUUUACAAGGCUCUUUUACGGAUUUUGUACAAGUCUUGAGUUUUUAACAUAGUCCAAAGAGGAAAAAGGGGUCUUUAAGUUCCCAGUCUAACCAAAGUCCACGCUCAGCUUGUAAACUUCAAUAUCAAACACCUAGAAAAUUCCAAAAGUUUGGGAUUACGAGCCAACGAGACAAAUAAAUUAGCAUAUCUUGGAUUUGAAGAUAACCCACACCAAGCACAUGGCCUAUUUUGGGUUCACUCGAAGUUUUCACAACCGCCGUAGGAGUUGUGGUACAGMUACAACUCAUUUCAAGGAGGCAGCCGUCAUCAGAGAGCCCUGGUGAAAUUAAGGGCCUUCAGAUUGAAAGAUGGGGAGUUCUUCUACUGCGUAAGGACUUCACAUUCACAUACUUCUCUACUAUCAUUCUGCUACCUGCAAAAGAGAGAAUGUUGCUAAUCCUUGCACUGGUACUUGUCAAAGUAACUAGGUAAGAGAGUGGAAAAAAUUCAGAGUAACACAUAAAAUGUUGGCUUUUGUAGGCAAAGAGCUGAAUACAAAGGAAAUCCUUUAGUUAGCCCAGCGGAUCAGAUGUCGGAGUACGGAGGCAUGUUGUCAUAUAUUGAGCGGGGGAAGACUCUGUGUUGGCCCUACUCGCUCAAAAAAUAUGGCGAGUAGGGGCAUGCUCUCUGCUCUAUGCCAUAUUUUUUCGAGCCAACGUGAAGGGCCAUUGGCGAAUUGCUGUCUGAAGAGUUAUCUUGACUUUGAAUAGCUCAAGUGAUGGCUAACUGUUGUUGAUGGCCAUAUUCAGAUUGGCUCUCACACCCAUGGACAAGGCUACAUAGAAGUUCUUUGCUGCAAUAAUGUUUGCCUACCUCGAGUAGUUAGGUCAACUUAUUUUUGUGAUUAAUUUAUGUGCCUAAGAAAUUAUUUUAAGAUUUGAUCUUAAAGAAGAUCUCUGGGCAUUUAUUUACAACCAUCUCGAAAAAGUGGU